UGAGAAGCAAGUGAUUGUCUUGAACCUUGCCUUUACUAUCUUGUUGCAUCAUGCCGGUCCAAACUUCUUCUCCACGAAAGAAUGAAGCACGCCUAGAACUAGGACCUACCGACAAUCUCGAAAAUCAUAUCGUCGUACUCGUGACCGGAGCCAAUUCCGGUCUCGGAUACUCAACAUGUCUCCGCCUAAUCGAUGAAUUCGCAAAGGACUCCUCAAAAAGCUCCAAACACCUUACUCUCGUAUUCACCACACGCCGCCCACCCGCUCAAGUCCAAACUCUCAAAAAUGACCUCCAAAUCUAUGCGCAUCGUCUUGGAUCCCAAGUAGCGGAUCGCAUCUCCAUACUCGCCGAAACAGUUGACCUACUCAACCUCCCCUCCGUGCGAGCGCUAAGCAGACGCCUAAACCGGAAUUUCCCAAAACUAGACUCUAUAAUUCUAAACGCUGGUAUAGGUGGAUGGUAUGGAAUCGAUUGGCCAGGCGCAAUUUGGAACGUUACGACAGACCUGUUGCAUGCGACUACCUGGCCGAGUUACAAAGUCGGAUACCUUGGAAUGCUUACCCCCCGACAAACCCACCAUCCAGACGAAAAGCCCCUCGGUGCGGUGUUUUGCGCAAAUGUUUUUGGGCAUUAUAUGCUUGCUCAUAAUGUGAUGCCGUUACUCAGACGAUCGGGACAGGCGAAUGGGCCCGGACGGAUAAUUUGGGUUGGUAGUAUUGAAGCUACAGGUAAAUCGUUUGAUGUUGAGGAUAUACAAGGGUUGAAGACUAGUGUGGCAUACGAAAGCUCAAAGACUUUAACGGAUAUAUUGGCUCUUACGUCGGAUUUGCCGAGUACGGCGCCCUGGGUACAGAAAUUCUUGUCUGUUGAUGAUGAGCAUGAAAGUGAAACGGCGACAAAUGGACCAGCUCCUGUGAGCCUUGUCGGCCACCCAGGGAUCUGCGGAACAUCAAUUAUCCCUCUUAUCCUCCCUCUCUUCUGGGCCAUGACAGCCGCAAGCUAUCUUGCGCGCUUCUUCGGAUCGCCCUGGCACACCAUCUCCCCCUACAUAGGCGCCAACUCUCUCGUCUGGCUCGCUCUCACCCCGCAAUUAAUCCUCGACGCAGCUGAAAAACCGUACCGAGAUCGAGGCGGCGGGCACGUGAAAUGGGGUUCCUCAACGGAUAGGUUUGGUUCACCGCUUGUAGUCAGUACGGAAGCUGAUGGUUGGGGUAAUGGUGGUGUUGUUGAUGGGGAACAUGUCUCUGCAGCUGAUAAGUUGCGGAGGAGGAGGAGAGGGAUGGAAGUUGCGAUGAAGGAAGAUAGGGUGAGGUUUGAAGAGUUGGGCAGGAAGUGUUGGCAGCAGAUGGAGGAGUUGAGGAUUGAGUGGGAUGGGUUACUUGAUACGCUUGAAGAAGGUCAAUAAUAGUAUAUACACAUGGUAGAUACUUAUAUAAAUAAUUUUUAAUGAAGAGACACCGCAUA